GGACGCCGAGAAGGUUCUCCGGCAGGUCCAGAGGAACAAGAAGGUUCUAGAGGAGAACCUGCAGGCCAUGCUGAGGGCCAAGGAGGGUGAGGUUCUCCACUGCCAGCUGGAGGCUCUUGCAAAUAACAGGGACACCACAGAAGAAGUGAGGAUCAAGAAGACUGUGGACGCUUGGAUCAAGGCCCUGAGUAAGGACAUCCAGACUAAAGCAGCUGGGCAGGACCUGGUAACUCAGUGUCGACCCAGUCAGAGAGAUGCUGCAGCCCCUACUGCUGCCCAGAAGAAGACCACUGGGACCAGAGACGAGAGAGGGAAGGAUAUGCUCAGAACAGCAGGAACCAAAUCCUCUGGUAGAGUGGCCAGGGGACAGUCGGGCAAGACAGAGGAGAAAACCAAACGCACCCAGCCCAGUGCAAAACUGAGACCAGCUCAACACAUGCAGGCCCGGGUGGUGGUGGAGGAGGAGGAAAGGCCAGGAGAUGAUGGAGAUGCUGGUGCUGGGGAGGACUACCUGGUGAAGCUGUAUGGGAAGGCCCUGUAUGAAGGCCACAGGAGGACGCUGAAGAAAGGGCCCUACCUGCGCUUCAGCUCCCCCUCUCCCAGGUCCAGGGGCCCCAGACCCAGGGUGGUGGAGAGCGUACGGGGUGUAAAAAUGAAGUCUUCCAAAACCCAGACAAAUCUCGCUCCAGACCGGACAGUCUCCUUCCCCCUGCCCCCGUCCACCAAUCAGCCUCAGUACAUCUUCAGCCCCACGCGAGGCGGUCGGAAUGACCCCAUGGAGGGCUACCUCCUGCCCAUAGCCAUUCCCCUCGGUCGGCGUCGGGUGGACGGCACGGCCCCCCAGCCAUCACGGGUCGUCAUCAGUGACAGGCCUAUCGUGGUGACUACUUCUUUACCUCCAUCACCACCCAGACCGGCCCCUGCCCCCCGUAAACCUACUGUGACCCUCCUAGAGGUCAAGUCUGACCGGAGGAGGAGACCACCGAAGCUCACUGUGCAGGUUCAGCCCAGCGUGAACAUCGAGCCUCCAGCCUCCACCCUCGUUCGCCCUCCCCCCCCAGGCCCUCCCACCCCUCCUCCACAGGUCCAGACUGUGGAGGAAACCUUGGAGAGGAGGAAGAGGGAAGAGGAGGAAGAGGAGGAGAAGGAUGAGGAUGUUUUCCCCGGAACAAAUUUCUUGGCAGUGGUUGAUAUCUCUCAGGAGACAGAGGAGGACAGUGAGGUGCUUGAUGGCGAGAAUCGCACAGCCCAAUCAGAGGAGAGAAGCGAUGCGUCAGAUGUGGUGGAGGAAGACACCAACGCCCCAGUGGGGUCUGAGAUGAUCAGACAGUACAUCAACGAGGCGCUGACUGAGAUCGUGGCCCAGAUGCUGGACCAGAGAGACGGGCAGACCCAGGAGAGGGCUGCUCCCCACAGCCCCACCCAGGAGCCCCCACCGCCCCAGCAGGAGGACUUGGUGCCCACCCCCAUGCCCACCCCUGAGGCCAGCAUCAGCCCCAUCGUGGCCAGCCCGGGGCGCUCUCCCCUGGGCACACCAGAGCCCUCUGACCAGGGCAGUCCAGAGCUGACCCCCAGAGACGUCCAGCCAGCCCAGCCUCAGCAGUCCACUCCUACUGAACCAGAGCCAGAGCCAGUGGUGACCCCGGCCUCCACGCCAACCCCCACCCCCCCAACACUGACCCCCCAGCCCUCCCUGGAGCCCCCCAGCCAGAGGAACCACCCCUGGGGAGAUGCAGAGCUGCCCCUGGCUGAGGAGCAGCCUCACAACAGCCUGGAGAUGAACCCCCAGCCCAGCAAGCCUCUAGUGAUGUCCGUGGCUGUAGAGGAACCUUUCCUGGCCUCCCCUCCUAUCUCAAUCCCCUCCAUACCCCCGCCCCAGCCUGCCUGCUCCCCUACCCCACCACCGGCACCUCUCCCUGGGCCUGCGACGCCCUCGUCAGCCCCCUCCUCCUCCACGGAGGACAGCAGCAGCAGCAGCAGCUCCACCGUGUCGAGGACAGACACAGCUGUCAAACACAUAUCUGAGGGAGAGCUGCUUUUCAGCUACAACAAGCUGCUGGCUGCACAGGCCUACGAAGAAGGCUUGUAUCUGCCCUGUGACAUCCCCAGCUUCUCCAGCUCCCUGCAUGAGGUCCAGGACAUGGAUUAUGACCCCCCUAGUGAGGGCCAGGUGACGAGACCCCAGGUGCCCCCCCGCCACGACCCCCUGCUCUCUCUGCUGGCUAAGAUGGACCAGGGGGUGGUCUCCACCCACGCUGGGGCCAUGACUCGUCCUGGGGGUUCCUGGGGGUUGGAGGCAGAAGCUGAGGAGGAGGGCAGUGUGGGAGAGGUGAGCGAGGGUCAGAGACCUAGACUGACUCUGGCAGGAGAGAGGGUCAUGACUGGACACUCCCUAUUGGGCCCCAGGACCCGGACUACAGGAAGUAGGAUUCAUCAUCCUCUCAGAACUACAGAUCCCAGUAGCGGAGCUGAGGCCAGGACUACAGGGAGUACAGAGACCCGGCAGAGACGAGGUUCAUCUCCAGGCCAGCUCAGCCAGUCUGCAGAUCUGACAGAGCUGAGUCUGGGAGACACCUGCCAGGGUCCGGUCACAAUAGCAGAUCUGGGAGUCGAACCUGUGAUGCCAACUCGGAGCUCCAACUUCCACACUGGCUCCUCCCACUCCCCGCCCCCUCAGAUACAAGACUCUGCCCCACUAGGAGCUCAGGCAGUUGAUUGGUUCUCUGUCUCUACGGACAGACCAGCUCCUAUCCUCAUCAGGACCCAGGAGACUCACUCAGGGGCGGAGGCCCAGGGAGGCUCCAGGGUGAUGGCUGUCCGCCUCCCCUCCGCUGGCCUGGAGGAGCAGGAGGAGCAGGAGGAGCAGGAGGAGGAGGAGCAGGAGGAGGAGGAGGAGGAGGCCUCCAUCAGCCUCGGUGCUCCAGGAGGAGCCGACUCAAACUCCUCUGGGAACGAUGUGUUCUAAUGAAGCGACUGAUGUCAUAGGACCUGCAUCUGGACUCCCAUUCUUCUGGCUCUCUACUGGCCUUCUUCUGGCUCUCUACUUUAUAGAUGUUUCUAGCUCUAGCUACCUGUGGCCUCUUCAGACUAGAUGUCUUCAGAGAUCAGCCCGCCCAUUCCAGAUCCGUGCUGAGAUUCCUCCACCUGUGCCUUUAGAGCCACUAAGAUGUUCUGACAUUGAUCCACUCUUUGAACUUUUUUGAAUUGUGUUUUACAAAUAAAGUUUUUAAUAUUAUAAUAGCUAAUAUUGUCUUGACCUCAAGAGAAUCCGAGCUGUCUAGAGAUGGUUUUAGGGAAAUAUACAGGGGGUGGGUUUAGUUCAAUGGUAGAGCAUUUGACUGCAGAUUUACAUUUACAUUUGGUCAUUUUGCAGACG